AUGUUUAUUAUGAAACAUUUAUUAUUUCUAUUAUGUACAUCGUUAAGCGAAACCAAUGUCCUAGAACGAAUCAUAACAACAACAACAAUAGCCACAAGAACGGUACCCGAUAUCAAUAUAAAUUCUUCUGUCGAACAAAUUCUUGAUACAAAUGCACCAUUAAUCAUAAUAUCAGAAAGUAAUUCAUCAUCAAUAUUACCUGAAAAUGAAGCUAAUAAUGUCAUUGAACAAGAAGCAUUCUUUGAUAAUAAUUAUUCCGAACAACUAGUGGAAGAAUCAGAUAACAAAACAGAAGAAUUUCAUUCUGGACCACACUAUGAAGCAAAUUGGACAUUUAUUGAUAAAGAAACUGUUCGUGUAGUAUUUUCUCUAUUUUCAAUAUCAAAAUUAUCCAAUGAAAAACCAUUUUCUGAUAAGCAUUAUGAUCAUAAAAUAAAUCUAUUUCCAACUAUACUUUCUAUACAAUCACGUUCGCUUCAAUCAAUAUAUUCAUUAAAAUAUUUUCUUUUUACUAUACGACAAUAUAAAACAAAUAUAGAAAAAAUACUUCCAAUGGAACAUUUAAUUUCAAAAACAGUACCAUCAGGAACUGAUGAAUUUUUUUCAAAUUCAUUAUUACUACUUCGAUUAAAUCCAAAAGAAAAAUAUUCUAUAUGUAUUUAUUAUUAUCAAAUGAAUAUAUCAACACAAAUGCCAGAUAUACUUAUAUGUCAAGAUAUAAUGCAUGAUCGUUUAGAACAUUCCGUACAUGGCCUUCUAUUUGUUUUAACACAAUAUUCAAUUAUUAUUGGAUUACUUAUUGUUUUACAAGGUUUAUUUACUGUACGAAAACGUCGUUUAGCUCAUAUUGUUCAUCAACAUUUAAUUAAUAAAGCACAAAGACUUCGUUCGACACUUUCAUCAGUUAGUCUUGGACGACAAUCAGUUAAUUUAACGGAUACAACAACUGAACAAAAAAAUACUACGGUAAAUGGUCAUGUAAAUCAAGAAAAGAGUAAACUUAAAAAACGAUUUACAUCAUCGCCAGCUAUUGUCCUUAGUGAACCAUCAAUACCAUCAAUAUCAUCAAAUAAGACUAAUAAUAAUUCGGAUGAAAAUGAACCAUUUCUUAGAUUAACAAAUGGAAAAAAUCAUGUACAUUUUUUACUUGGUUUAGAUGAAGAAUCUGACAAUGAUGAUGAUGAUGAUAAUAUUACUAAUGCAAAUGAAAACAUUCCAAAUGAUAUAACAAUCAAUCCACCAAUGACAUCAAUACAUACUGAACCUUAUGGUGAUCGAUCAGAUGCUUUAUCAUCAAUGGCUCAUAUACUCGAUACAAAUAAACCAUGGUCAAAACAAUCAUAA